CCUUUCCCAUUUUCCCAAACUCCAACUGUCGCCUCUGAGUUCCGCCAUUGUUCAACCGAUCACUUCCACGCUGCUGCUGCUGCUGACGCCCCAUUUUCCCAUGGCUUCUGUGGCGGAAUUGAAUUUCGGCGCCUGUUCUUCCUCCAGAAAAGCCACCAGCAACUAUUCCUCUCAGUUCUCCUAUGUUUCAACUCGUCUGUCUCAUCACCGCCGCGUUCGCCUCAGGCCGCUUCCGGUGCCCCGGAGUUCAUCAAUUCAGUGCUCUGUAACUUCAGAUCAAGUUCAAGCUCCGGUAGCUGUGAAUACAGAAGAUCCCAAAAAACCAGAGUGUUACGGAGUGUUCUGUCUCACCUACGAUCUCAAAGCUGACGAGGAGACAAAAUCCUGGAAGAAAUUGAUUAAUAUUGCUGUUUCUGGUGCCGCCGGGAUGAUAGCCAAUCAUCUUCUCUUUAAACUUGCUUCUGGAGAGGUUUUCGGGCCUGAACAACCUAUUGCUUUAAAAUUAUUAGGAUCCCAGCGAUCCUUUCAAGCACUAGAAGGAGUUGCAAUGGAACUUGAGGACUCCUUGUAUCCACUUUUACGAGAAGUGAGCAUCGGAAUUGAUCCAUACGAAGUUUUUCAAGAUGCAGAUUGGGCACUCCUUAUUGGAGCCAAGCCCCGUGGCCCUGGAAUGGAACGAGCAGGCUUACUGGACAUAAAUGGGUCGAUUUUUGCUGACCAGGGAAAAGCCCUCAAUGCUGUUGCAUCCCGUAAUGUAAAAGUUAUUGUCGUGGGCAACCCCUGCAACACCAAUGCAUUGAUCUGCUUGAAAAAUGCUCCCAACAUUCCAGCGAAAAAUUUUCAUGCUCUGACUAGAUUAGACGAAAAUAGAGCAAAAUGUCAGCUUGCCCUUAAGGCCGGCGUCUUUUAUGACAAAGUAUCAAAUGUGACAAUUUGGGGGAACCACUCGACAACUCAGGUUCCGGACUUCUUAAAUGCCAAGAUCGAUGGCGUACCCGUCAAACAUGUUAUUAAAGACAAUAAAUGGUUGGAAGAAGAGUUCACAGAAAUGGUCCAGAAGAGAGGCGGUGUUCUAAUUCAGAAAUGGGGAAGAUCCUCAGCUGCAUCAACUGCUGUCUCCAUUGUUGAUGCAAUAAGGUCUCUCGUUACUCCUACUCGCGAAGGAGAUUGGUUUUCAUCUGGGGUGUAUACUACGGGAAAUCCCUAUGGUAUUGCAGAUGACAUUGUUUUUAGUAUGCCAUGCCGAUCUAAUGGAGAUGGUGAUUAUGAACUUGUCAAAGAUGUCAUAUUUGAUGAUUAUCUUUGGAAUCGCAUAAAAAAGACAGAAGCCGAGCUGCUGGCCGAGAAGAGAUGUGUAGCUCAUCUUACUGGAGAGGGCAUUGCUGUCUGUGAUCUGCCUGGCGACACAAUGCUUCCCGGAGAAAUGUGAGCGGCGAGACCCCAGUUUGGACAGUCCCGGUGAGUCUGUAAAUCGAUUAUCAUCUCUAGCAGUACUAUAAUAAGGGCAAUUGGAGCCUAGUUUAAUGCAUUUUUUAGAAAAAAAACUCUGUUUCAAGUUAUGUAAGUCUAUAUCACUGCUACUCUUGACCUUUUAGUUCUUUAUAGUGUAAAACUUUGCGCUUUUGUGCAAAA